AUGUCCUACAAGCUCAAGUUCUUGAAAGAUGCUCUCGAUGUGGAGGCUUUGAAGUUUGGCACUUUCACUUUGAAAUCUGGCCGAAUGUCGCCUUACUUCUUCAACAUGGGCCAAUUUUCAACAGCUGCGGCCCUGAGCAAUGUGGCUACCGCCUAUGCCCAGACUAUCAUUGAGUCGGGACUGGAGUUCGAUAUCCUGUUUGGGCCGGCGUACAAGGGAAUCCCGCUUGCUGCUAUCACAGUCGUGAAGCUUUACGAACUCGGCGGAGAAAAGUAUGCUAAUGUUGGAUACUCGUUCAACAGAAAGGAGAAGAAGGACCACGGAGAGGGUGGAUCGAUUGUGGGCUGUCCGCUGAAAAACAAGAGGAUCAUGAUCAUUGACGACGUCAUGACUGCCGGAACUGCCAUCAACGAGGCCUUUGACAUUAUCAAGGCCGAAAACGGUCAGGCUAUCGGUUGUAUCAUCGCUCUAGACAGACAGGAAGUAGUUAAAGAUUCCAACCAAAGCGCAACUGCUGCCGUCUCCCAGAGAUACAACUUGCCUGUUUUGUCUAUUGUCAGCUUGGAUGACAUAAUUGAGAAUCUGAGGGACCAGCUCACAGAAGAACAGUUAGACAUGAUUCUAGAGUACCGGCGGCAAUAUGUUCCUGCUACUGCUAAAUAA